AUGACUUUCCCCACCUCCUCCAACUGCCAGGAUAUCCAGGAUUGCAACUCCAAGGUCCCGAAGUCCAGCCAGUCCCAGCAGUCCGGCCAGAACUGCAACAUGUUCACCAUGUACGAUCCCGCCGUCGCCAAAGCCUCGGCCCAGCCCGGUCAGCGCACCUCUGGUCAGUGUAGCGAGCAGACCUCCCAGGCUUCAUACCCUCAGGGCGGUACCGCCACUGCUCAGGCCCAGUCUACCCGCGGUCAGCAGCAGCCCCAGGGUCGCCAGCAGCAGUCUCAACAGCAGCAGGGUCGUCAGGAGCAGAAGCAACAGCCUGCCGGUCGCCAGUCUCAGCAAGAGUCUGGCCAGUCCUCGUUCUAA